AAAAAAAAAAAAAGAAGUAUGCAAUAUGGCUAUAAAUAAGAAGCGCACGAGCUAGCAAUUGGUCGCAGUUAACCUGAGCUUGAGUGCCGCCAAUCUUCUCGGAAUUCUCUCAUUCGCUCAUCCUUUUCCAGAUCUAACUUCUUCUUCUUCGAUCCAAGGAAAUGGAGACCUUUCUAUUCACAUCUGAAUCAGUGAACGAGGGACACCCCGACAAGCUCUGUGAUCAGGUCUCUGAUGCCGUCCUGGACGCUUGCCUCGAGCAGGACCCCGACAGCAAGGUUGCUUGUGAAACUUGCACCAAGACUAACAUGGUUAUGGUUUUUGGGGAAAUUACCACCAAGGCCAACGUAGACUAUGAGAAGAUUGUGCGUGACACUUGCCGUUCCAUUGGUUUCAUUUCUGAUGAUGUUGGUCUUGAUGCUGACAAAUGCAAGGUCUUGGUCAAUAUUGAGCAGCAGAGUCCUGACAUUGCUCAGGGUGUUCAUGGCCAUCUAACCAAGCGCCCUGAGGAGAUUGGUGCUGGUGAUCAAGGACACAUGUUUGGGUAUGCCACUGAUGAGACCCCAGAGCUUAUGCCACUCAGCCAUGUUCUUGCUACCAAGCUUGGUGCUCGCCUCACUGAGGUGCGAAAGAAUGGCACCUGUGCAUGGCUCAGGCCUGAUGGUAAGACUCAAGUCACUGUUGAGUACUACAAUGAGAACGGUGCCAUGGUACCUGUCCGUGUUCACACUGUCCUUAUUUCCACCCAACAUGAUGAGACUGUCACCAAUGAUCAAAUUGCUGCUGACCUCAAGGAACAUGUCAUCAAGCCCGUCAUCCCUGAGAAGUAUCUUGAUGAUAAGACCAUCUUCCACCUUAAUCCAUCAGGCCGAUUUGUCAUUGGUGGACCACAUGGAGAUGCUGGACUCACUGGUCGUAAGAUCAUCAUCGACACAUACGGUGGAUGGGGAGCUCAUGGUGGUGGUGCUUUCUCUGGAAAAGACCCAACUAAGGUAGACAGAAGUGGUGCCUAUGUUGUCAGACAGGCUGCUAAGAGCAUUGUAGCCAAUGGGCUUGCUCGAAGAGCCAUUGUGCAGGUGUCAUAUGCCAUUGGUGUUCCAGAACCUUUAUCAGUAUUUGUUGAUACCUAUGGAACUGGAAAGAUCCAUGACAGGGAAAUCCUUAAGAUUGUGAAGGAGAACUUUGACUUCAGGCCAGGAAUGAUCUCUAUCAACCUUGACCUCAAGAGAGGUGGAAAUGGCAGAUUCCAAAAGACAGCUGCAUACGGACAUUUUGGAAGAGAUGACGCAGACUUCACCUGGGAGGUUGUCAAGCCCCUUAAGUGGGAGAAAAUCCCAGCAUAAGGCUGUUGUACGAUGCACACUCCUGGCAACAGUAAGCAGCAGAUUUAGCAUCUCUAACUUCUACCGCUGCUCAGACCCAAAGACUUGUGCGCGCCUACAUACUGUUUUCAUUUCUGAUUUUUUUUCAUUGAGAUUGUUUCCAAUUUGAUUCAUGUACCGAUAAAAAAAAAUUGAUUAAGGUUUAAUUUUUGGAAUUCUAAAGUAGUGUUAGUGUUUCUAGCAAGUGUGAGGCUUCAAAGAAGCAGCAUGGUUAGGCUGCGAAUAAAAAUUUAAGUUGAACA